CUCGAACCAUCCACCAGCACAGUGGACGGAUGGCUUUAUGAGGGCGGCUUCUUCGGUCAGUCUGCCCAAUUGAUGACGGCCAGGGUCAACACCCCAUUUUGGCUGACCUGGCACACGACAUUAGCAGGGCUUAGUCGGUCUGUCCCUGCGACAAUUUUGUACAACAGCACUGCCUUGGAGUUCGAGAUGACCGAAGGCAGCAUGGGUCCGCGGCACGGUCCUACGGGAGACCACGACCGCUUACAAGAUCGAGACGAAGACCCUCAUCUCAGGAUCUUUGACAUCUUCGACAUUGGGGCAAAGAUGCAUCAUACAGCUGAGGAGAUCUUUGUCGCAUGGGAACCUGCGCUCCGGCAGGUCGCCAGUGGAUGGGUCUGCACUCUGCAGGCAAUACAGCUUCUGGCUCUGAUGAUGUUGCUGGCGGCAUCUUGUAGACCUAUAUACAACGGCCGGGCACCACUGGGACGUCUAUGCUGGCUAUGCAUGGCAACGCAGAAAGUGGAGGCCAUGCCCACACCUCCGAGGCGCCGACCGAGCACUCUCCCGCGGGCCACGGACCUGGAACUGUGGGCCAGCGGACAACUUACCAUGCAGGAACAGCUGGCACGGGCCAUGGCAGACCACAUUCUGACGAGCCCCCUGGAGCGGUCCAAUGGAGAAGCGCCACCGCCAGACUUCCACCGGCCACUUGAUGAAGAACCAUUGCCCCUCCGGGUGGUGCCGGCGAAUGCUGUUCAUGUUACACUGUGGGCGACGACCCCCUACUUUGAGGCGGAGACCGUGGACGUCGAGCUGAACUUCCCCCUCAGCAUGCACAUGGUGAAGCGAGCCCUUCGGGAGUCCUUCCAAGUCAUCCCGGAAUGGGCAACAGAAAUUUUGCCUACAGUUCCUCAGCUGGGGGACGAUUAUGCCAGCUUCAUUGUCUUCCCGGGCUGGCUGCGACAGGCAAACCUGACGGUGCAGGUGAUCGAUGCCAGAGAAGUGCAUGGGCCUGUGUUCUCAUUUUAUCACGAAGGGCAUGUCAGCAGGGCCGCUGUACUCAAGAAGCUCGAGGAAUUCGACCUCCACGAGGUAGAAGUCUUCCCAUAUGGCAGCCCGCUGCCCAUCGAGGCAGGCUCUCCUGUGGAACCUGUCAAUGGUGGCAUCCUCAAAGCGGUGCCACGAGGCAGAGUAUGCACCUGGCACGACGACCUUACAGAUCGGCUUGAGGAUGAUGAGCGCUGGGACCCCAAUGGUGAAUUGCCAGAGCCGAUCGAAGGCGUUUUCACGGUGUUUCAGUCCACUACCGACCAUGUCGUCGACGAGCUCGACGUCGAACACCCCCGACCACACGACGUGGUGGCACGGGAGCUAUUUGACGGUGUCUUCUAUGUCAAGUUCCCGACGGAAGGGCCUACGAGACUUGCCUGGGGUGGCCGGCACAUCACGGAGUGUGUGGCGGUCAUCGACUACGACUGGCCCAUGGAAGAUGAUGCGGUGAUCAUCUUUGUCGAUUUGCGGGGCCUCGGGCUUUUCAUGCAGUGGGUCCGGGUCCCAGACGCGGUCUUUGACCCGACGGCUUACUAUGAAUCAUUGCAGCUUGUGGAGCUGCAAGGUUGGACCCUCACCAUUGGUGGUGGGGAACCAGUAGACGACCACCGGAUCCGGGUCAGAGAUGGCGAACUGAUCGAGUUGUACAUGACCCUGACGUCUGAUGCAUCUACAUCGGAGGAGGAGCCUACGGACGAGGACAGCGAAUCGGGGCCAGACGAUGAUGGCUCUGAUAUCCUGAGGAGCCCGAGUUCGAGCAUGGACACGGGCCCAAGGCCAAACAUGGGAGGGCCCCCGGCUGGCCCCCCCCCCACCUCAACCAGUCAGACCUCGCAGCAGGAGCCCAAGGACAAGGUUGAAUUGCCACAUUGCCCGGCUGACAUCGCCCAGGCAUUCCAGGUGUGGCCACCCGAAUGGAUGCAAACGGACGUCUUCGAGGAGGACUACAAGCAGGAGACAGCGGUGGCGAAGAAGGAGCUGGUGCACUGGUCACAGGUAUUGGCUGCUGGAGGAGGAUCGGAAGGGCUCAGUGCGGAGCUCUACGUGGAUGGGUCGUACUUCAGCAAGAAAGGUACCAGUGGCUACGCGGUGGCGGUGUUCAUCAGGUGCGCUGGUCUCUUAGCCCUAUUUGGGCUUUUUGGCGAUCAGAUCCUCGGAAGCUCGGCGGGGUUGUGGACUGAUGGAGCCCCACCGGCCCUCUACGCCGAACAAGUGGCAGUGGCCACGGCUCUCCUGUGGAUCGGGCAAAGCAUGCACUACAUGAGGGCGCAAGAAUACAGGAUCUUCUUUGACUGCCAAGUUGCAGGAUGGGGAGCCAACGGCCAGUGGAGUGGCAAUGGCGGCCUCUCUGAGAAGAUACGAGCCCUGGAGCAGUAUGUGCAGGGCCUUGCCGACAACCAUUUGUACUUCGAGCACGUCUACUCUCACCAAGGCCAUCCUUGGAACGAAUUGGUGGACGUGGUGGCUAAACGAGCAGCUGGUGAUGCGGCUGACCUUGCGAAGCCGCCUUGGGCCAACUGUGCUGCAUUCCUACGACUGGAUAUGACGUGGAUGGCUGCCAUAGCUCGAUGGGGACCUGACCAGGUGAUCAAUCAAGCUGCUGGCAAAUGGCUGGUUAUCCGCGACCCUGGGUUGCCACAGAGCAGCCCCCUAUCACCGGAGGCCCUUGUGCCUAUGGUUGGGCAGCACAGCGCCAAGGAAACGGCCAAGGACAACAUGUUCUACAUGAAGUGUGCCACCAUCAAUGUGCAGGGCCUGAGGGCCAAGAACAAGUUCCUCUCUGACCAGUUCAGUUACGAGGAAUAUCAGGUGGUCUUUUUGCAGGAGACCAAGACAGAUGGCGGCACCUGGGUGCCUGGAGAUUUUAUGCGGUUUUCCACGGAUGCUGAGAAGCAUUGGGGAACGGCCAUCUGGCUGCAUAAAUCCCGAGGACUCCUGUCUUUCAAUGGCACACCUCUCCUUGUGGAAGAACAGGAUGUCUACAUACGGACCCAAACGCCACGGCUGCUCAUUCUUGAAAUUCGAAAGGGCGGCCUUCGAUGCAUUCUUUUCUCAGCACAUGUGCCACAUGAAGGCAAACAGCGAGAACGAGUGCAGUUCCUGCUUGCUCUACAGAAGCAUUUACAUCAAGCAGGAGAGGCGGACAUCAUCGUUGGUGGUUUCGAUGCCGAUGGCCGCCCACCUUGCCACCAGCACCCGACCACGGGAUCUGUCGAGUACGGCGACAGUGAUGUGGCUGGUGAACAGUUUGUGGCGGCCCUCCGCUCUUGUGCCUUAUGGUUGCCAGCCACCUUUGAGGACAUUCAUGGUGGGCCCAGUGCGACAUUUUGCCACGCAAACGGCCAGCUCCACCGCAUUGAUUUCUUGGCUGUUGGUGGCACCGCCUGGAUCCUUCAGGCUGCAAGUUGGGUAGAUGCGACCAUCGACCUUGCCAACAGCAGGGACGACCACUAUGUCAGCAGCCUCACCAUGACAGGGCAAACCAGACAGGGUGCUACUACUCAAAGGCUCUGGAGGCCCAGAUUUGACAGGGACAAGAUGAGCUCUGACGUGGGAAAGAACAUUUUGGCAAAGGCGUUUGAGGCUUAUCAGCCCCCGCCUUGGUGGGUGCAUGUGGAUCUGCACUGCCAGCACCUCCAGAAGUACCUGAACCAGGUCCUUGCGGAACAUUUUGCCCCUCCCACAAGGAACAAAGCUACGUACAUCCCUGCGGAGGUCUGGAUAUGGAGGGAGCGCAAGCUUGCGCUCAAGCGCCGCACUGGCUCGCGGAAGCCUUUAUGGCGACAGGCUGUUGCAGCAGCCUUCCGACAGUGGCGAUUUGGUGCGGAGGACAUGGUGCGACCCCUCCUGCGGAAGCAAUCUCUGCUGUACCAAGUGACGGCGAGCGCCAUCGGCUUUAUCACGGCCCGUAUGAAGAAGGCCAUCCACACCGCCAAAGCAACGUAUCUGCAAACUCUGGUCACCGAUGGCCCACAGAAUGCGGUUGACAUUUUGCAGCGGGCCAAAAGAUGUGGCCUUGGAGGCAGGACAAAGAUCAAUGGCCACCGACCUCUCCCCCUUCUUCUGGAUGCCCAGGGCAACCCGGCCAAGUGCCAGGAUGAUCAUGACAGGAUCUGGCUGAAGCAUUUCAGUGACCAGGAGUACGGCAAGAUCAUGACGCCGGCCGAGUUCCUGAAACAACAAGAUGUGGCAGGCCACCUUGGGCGAGAGGUCGUAUGGGAGUUGAACGAUCUACCUACGGUACAGGAGAUUGAGGCUAUUUGCCGAACAGCCCCUAAGAACAAGGCCGUUGGCUUGGAUGGACUUCCAGGUGAAAUCCUCCGUGCAUGCCCGGCUCAGGCGGCCAUGACCCUGGCGCCGCUCUUCUUGAAGGCAGCUUGCGGCCUACAGCAGCCUGUCCAGUGGAGGGGAGGUGUGAUCUACUCGGCUUGGAAGAGAGCGGGUGAAAUCUCGCUCCCGGCGAGCCAUAGAUCCCUCUUCAUAUCCAGCGUGGUGGGGAAAUGCUAUCAUCGCCUGCUGCGAAAUAAAACGCACCGGAACCUGCAGGCUGAGCUACACCCACUACACCUUGGAAGCAGAGCUCAGGCCCCACUGGUUUUUGCGUCGCUCUAUGUCUUCUCGCGAUUCAGAGCUUGCCGAGCGGCCCGCCGCUCCAUGGGCAUGAUCUUUCUGGACACCACUGCCGCCUACUAUCGAGUACUGCGGGAGGCGGUGGUGGGAGACAUCAACCAGGAUGACACCAUCAUAUGGCUCAUGAAGAGAUUCAACAUGGGCCCCGAGGAGAUGGAUGGUUUAUGGGAAAUCAUCCAUGGUGGCGGGGUUAUGGCAGAGGCUGGUGUUUCAACCGGGCUUCGGGCCAUGAUGAAGGAUGUGCACCAUCGCGCAUGGUGCAUCACACGACAUGCUACUGGGAGCCGGGUGGCGGUCACUCACGCCGGCAGCAGACCCGGCGAAUCGCUCGCCGACGCCAUUUUCGCGUACAUAUACUCUCGAGGCAGCCGUGGACGAAGGCGUCUUCAGCAACCGGGCCAUGGCGAAGACGUGUCUAUUCGAGACAUCACAUGGGCGGACGACGCGGCACUGCCCUUCGAUGACGGGGACCCGGACCGAUGCAUCCGUAAGGGGAAGCGCCUCGCAUCCCUUACGAUUGACAUCUGCAGGGACUUCGGGCUGCAGCCUAACCUGAAACGGGGCAAGACAGCGAUUGUCCUGUCCUUGGCCGGAAAAGGUAUUCGGAAGGCCCGAGAGAACCAUUUUCGACAUGGCCGCAGCACCCUACAGCUGCUGGACCUCCAGGAGGAGGUACAUGUGGUCCCUCAGUAUGUGCACUUGGGUGGAGUUGUGGAGCCCCAGAUGCAUAUGAAGGCUGAACAGCGGCGACGACUGGCUAUGGCGGGAGCAGCUUUGGAGACGGGCAAAAAGCUGCUCUUCUUGAACGCGGACAUCCCGCUCCAAGUGCGAACCAAGCUCUUCGAGAUGUCCAUCCUGGCCACGUUCUUCAAUCUGGCUAUAUGGCUCCCCCACGGUGAGGCAUGGCAGGCGCUCAGCUCUGGUUAUACCCGAAUGCUUCGACGACUGCUUUGCCACCGGUACAAGGGCGACGCCAUCUUUGGCAUCCCGGCGCCGUUUGUGCACAUCGCCACGGGCAGGUGGAAACUGGAGCUCCACGCUGUCAAAAGUCGGCUGGCUGCCUUGGUUUCAAUUGCCAGGACGGGCCCGGAUGAGCUCUGGGCAGUUUUACAGGAAGAAAGAACAUGGCUGCAAGUGGUUGCACAGGAUUUGGCCGCCUUCAAGGCCAAGUAUAAGGACAUGCCCGAACUACAUGCUGGAGACUGGCCUCGAUGGCGGAACUACUUGGUCAACAAUGCUGCCCCAUUCAAGCUCCGCGUGAAGAAGAUGCUCCAGGAAGUUCACGACAGAACGUGCAGGUUAGAUGCCAUGGUUGUUGGGAUGUGGCAUUUUUACCGGCAGCUCUGCGAACUGCUCCCGGGUGCCCAGAAACAGGUCUCUGGUUGGAGCUGCCGUGGCUGCCAGAAGACUUUCAAGUCUAGGGGCGGCCUGGGAGCACAUUUCUUCAAAAGCCAUGGCCGUGAGGCAGAACACCGACGAUGCAUCAGAGGAUCGGUGUGCCUCGCCUGUGGCCGACAGUUUUGGUCCUCUAUCCGAUUGGGGCAUCAUCUGCGGGAUUCAAGGCCAUGUGUGCAGCACCUACUGCGCCAAGGGCACACUGCUGCACACACCCUACCAGGGCAUGGAAGCAAAGAGUACCGCAAACGGGCGGUGGAUGAGUAUAACAUGGACCCCUCGAGCCAACUGAUGAGCCCCUCCGCAGCUGAGGGCGAGGACGGUCUCUGGCCCGAAUGCCAGAAGCAGGCAUCCAGAGAGAUCAGCGAGGUCCUACUGGAGGCUGACCAAGGACAAGAUGAAGCGACGAUCGUGACCGCGAUGCUGCAAGUCUUACAGCAGCACCCGCUGUACUUUAGCGAGGAAGAGGCCAUCCUGGGCAAGGCGAAACAGGAGGUCGACACCUUGACCGAGGCGGACGUCAGAGGCACGGGUGCGGAAGGCAAGCUGGACCUUUUCCGAAGGGUCUUUAGCUGCCAGCAGGACUGGCACAUACCAGUAGUCGACGUCGCUGAGAAUGAGAAGAUGCAAGCAGUCUCGCUAGCGUCUUUCCAGGGUGAGUGGCGAACUCUGGAUUGGCCGGAGCUGCUGAGAAUUUGUACAGAUUGCGGGACCCCCGACGCUGCACCUGUAAUCCUGGAUUUGAAAUGGGAAGCUUCGAAUUUCAAGCCCAGUGGUGCUUCUGAAGCCGAAGCCGCGAUAGAUGAUCCAAUGUGUUUUGUACCCGGUCAGGUCAGUGACGAGGAGGCGCGAGCAAUCCGCCACAGGCUACGGUUGCGGCUGGGAGCCUUUACGUCCAAGAAGCUCGUGUCCGGAAAAUCCCUACAUGAUGCUUGCAGCUCGCUGGGCCUCACGCGGUACACCAUCGAGGACAUGAACGAGCUUGUGAACCUCUUGGCGGAUUACAUCGAGCUCACCUUUGAGGCAUCGGAAGCGAGAAUGCCGACGGGUCGGCGAGUCAGCGAGUCCUCCACCAGCAUGUUCGGCUUCAGACUGAGCGAUGUGAACAAUCUCGGCAAACCAGUCUGGCAAUGGCCCAACAUGGGCGCAUCGGGGCGUGAGUCCUUUCAUCGCAGUGCAUCCCUCAAUGCCUACGUUGACCUGGCACCGCGCUGCCACCUAAAUGUGGUGCCGGCGCAGCCUCUGAUGGACCUCUUCCUCGCGCAGGAGGGGGAUGUGCACCGGAAGUGCUUCGGACCUCGCAUCUUGAAGCAGUUUCAGGCGAUGAAGGAGAUCCUUUUGGCGGGAGACACAAACCGGCUUGUUGCUGAGCUGACCUUCGUAAGAAUCAACGAUCUGGCGGCUCCACCGGAGCCGAUGAACCUCCUUUUGUGCUUAGAGCCAUUAGUGGCCGUCGUCAUCAUCGCUAAUGGGGUCAUGAUUGGUUUUCAAACGCACCCGUCGUGGGAAUCAUGGCCCUACUGGAUCAUCGUGGAAGCAGUCUUUGCGAGCUUUUUGGUGAUGGAGAUUGCUUUGCGCAUGUAUCUUCAAGGUCGCCGAACCUUCUUCAGAGGGGCGGAGCUGCAGUGGAACCUUUUUGACGUAUUCCUGGGCGUGACGGGUGUCACAGACGUGAUCAUCCAGCUGGCCAGGGACGGCGGCAACGAGUCUUUCUUUGGCACUUCGCUGCUCCGUUUCUGCAGAUUGAUCCGAUUGGUGCGCAUCGUCAAGGUUUUCCGCUUGAAAGCCAUGAAGGAUUUGCGGCUGAUGGUCAAGGGGCUGAUUGCUGGAGUGAAAACCUUGGUGAUGGCAUUCACGCUGCUUUUCACGGUGUUGUACGUCAUCAGCGGCUUCGCCACGAUGACCCUCGGUCAGAGCAUCGGCUUGGACGACCAGCCGCAAAUCGUGAGAGACUUGUUACCCUUCUUCAAGACGAUCCCAGCCUCCAUGUUUACGGCCUUCCGCUGCUUCACGGGAGAGUGCACGGACCACGACGGACGAACGAUCCAUUCCAUUCUCGCCGAAGAGUUUGGGCCUGUCUUCAUCUUCUCCUACGUUGCGAGCUAUAUGCUGGUGUCCAUGGGGAUUUUCAACGUGAUUUUGGCAGUGUAUGUCGACAUCACGAUGAAGGCUGCCAAGGAGAACGACGCCGUCACUUUGGAGCAGCACUCGAAAGAGUCCAUCAGGAUCGCGCGCAUCACGCGUGAACUGUUGAAGAAGUUUGCUGGGGCCUAUCGGAUGUUCCAGGAGAUGGAAGACGGGGAUGGUGAGAAGUAUCUGGACAUCUCUAACCGAAAGAGCGACAUGGUCUUUACGGACGGUGACGUCCACGAAGGCAUCGCCAUUACGAAGGAGCUGUUCCUCAUCGUGAUUCAGGACCGUCGUGUCCAGGAUCUCAUGGACGAGUUGGAACUUCCGCCCGACCGGGCCAAUCUCUUCGAGAUUAUCGAUGCGGACGGCAGUGGAACUCUGCAUGUGGCGGAGCUCGUCCACGGCCUGUUGAAAAUCCGCGGCGAGAUCAACAAGAGCGAUGUCGUGGCUGGUCUCCUGGCGACCAAGGCUUGCUACGACAAGGUCGCGGAGCUGAAGGAGGAGCAAGAGGAGAGCCUCUCUGCGGUCCGUAGCCAACUGGCGGUGCUGCAUUCGGAGAUGCUGCGGCGCCGACACAGCGGCUCCACGUGCCCUUCGGCUCCCGACGCUCCCGAGGCUCUCCUGAUGCAGGCGCAGGUCCUCCAGGAAGAGGGGGAUCAGCCGCCAGAGCUCCUGGAUCCCCCUCUCUCGAAGCCACGGCUGCUGAUGUCGCCGGCGCCGUCCGGCGUUCCGCUGAAGCCUCAGCUGAUCAACGACGACGGCGAAGAUCCGCCAGCUCCGGGCGUUUGA